AUGGCGAGCCGUGCGAUGAAGCCCCUCCCUUACGAUGCGUAUACCGCGGCCAUUAUUUGUCCGCUGGAGGUAGAAAUGAGUGCUGCGCGAUAUAUGCUAAAUGAAGAGCACGUACAAAUACCAGGGGAGCAGCACGACACCAACCAUUAUAUUCUUGGCCGACUUAGCGGGCAUAAUGUGGUCAUUGCGUCUUUGCCGCUGGGCUCUCAGGGCACCGUCUCUGCGGCAACUGUUGCGAUGCAUCUGGCCCGAACCUUUCCCAACAUCAAGCUACGGCUGUUGGUGGGAAUUGCUGGAGGUGUACCAAGCCCAAAGAACGAUAUUCGAUUAGGCGAUGUGGUGGUGAGCACCCCGUCUGGCUCCUUUGGUGGCGUGGUGGAAUAUGAUCUGGGGAAGCAGACUCCAACCGGCUUCGUACGUAAGGGGUUCCUCAGUCCCCCUCCGACAGAGUGGAGAGGUGCAAUAGCCAGGAUGAAGUCAGACCAUCGCGUUCGCUCCAAUAAAGUGAACGAUUUUGUGGCAGAGAUGUUGGCAAAAUCUCCCAGACUGACCGAGUAUGAACGACCGCACCCCCAAGAGGAUAUUCUAUUCAGUUCAGACUACGAACACAAAGCAGGAGAGCCUACAUGUGCAAGUUGCGACCUUGCAAGGGUGGUGCAUCGCGAAACACGCGAAGUUCCUCAUGAGCCGGUGGUAUUUUAUGGGCUGGUUGCGUCCGGAAACCACGUCAUGAAGCAUGCCAGCGAGCGAGACCGGAUCAGCAUGGACUGCGAUGGAGUCCUGUGUUUCGAGAUGGAGGCUGCUGGACUUAUGAAUGGGUUUCCCUGUAUUGUUAUUCGCGGGAUUUCCGACUACUCUGACUCUCAUAAGAAUGAUUGUUGGCAGCCGUAUGCGGCAGCAGCGGCAGCAGGGAUUGCUAAAGAACUUCUGGGUUAUCUGGUACCGAGCAAUGUGCCGCAUGCCAAUGACGAUCUCACCACCGCGUGCCGCCGGCAUCUCUUCGUGACGGAUCCAGAAAAGGACAAGCAGCGCAUCGAGAGUGACAGGGGCAAUCUGCUCAAGGAUUGCUAUUCAUGGAUCCUUCUCGAUCCUCAGUUCACUGCGUGGCGGGAAGCUGAACAGAGUCAGCUUCUGUGGAUCAGAGGCGAUCCGGGCAAAGGAAAGACCAUGUUGAUGAUCGGUUUAGUGCACGAAAUCACAGUGCAACUGCAAGGCCAGCCGGAAAAUGGCAUUCUGACGUACUUCUUCUGCCAAAGCAACCUCUUGACCCUGAACAAUGCCGUUUCUAUCCUUCGCGGGCUCAUCUGGAUGAUUGUUGACCAAGACCAGCCACUGAUGCGACACGUCCUGGUGGAGUACGAGAGGUUUGGGGAGAGACUCUUCGACGGGCCCAAUGCUUUUUUUGCUCUCCGCUCAAUCUUUUUCAAUAUAUUAGAAGAUGCGGGGCUUUCCACCAUUUACAUCCUCGUUGAUGCGAUUGACGAGUGCGAUACUGGGCUGGAUACAUUCUUGAAUCUGAUCGUCCAGACUGCUUCCGCAUUGUCUUCCAAGGUGAAGUGGAUUCUGACCAGCCGUCACCGACCAGAUAUUGCCCAGAUACUUGGAGACAACGCUUUUCAGCACCACAUAGAUCUGGAGUCAAACGGUAGACUUGUUUCCGAGGCAGUAUACUCCUUCAUUGGGUAUAAAAUGGAUAUUUUAUCGCAACGGAAGUCUUAUGACUCUGGCCUAAAGACUCAUGUGGAACGUGUCCUACGUGAGAAAGCCGGUGACACUUUUCUAUGGGUGGCACUGGUAUGUAGUGAGCUGACGAAUGCCGAGAGCUGGGAGGCCGAAUCAAUCGUGGAGGACCUUCCCUCAGGUCUUCAUCCAUUGUAUAAUCAUAUGCUGUCCCUGAUCAAAAACCUGCGCAAGGGCCAAUCCGAAGUCUGCUACAGAAUUCUCCGUUCAAUGACCUUGACCUUCCGUCCUGUCUAUUUGGAGGAACUGCAAUCCAUUACUUCUCUCCCGCCCCGUUUGGCAAAUGACAUGCACGCCUUGAGAAACACGAUUGAGUUGUGUGGCUCAUUCUUGACGAUUCAAAGGAAUCAAGUCUACUUCAUUCAUCAAUCCGCAAAGGAUUACUUGACUGCUAGCAGUGGACUGCAGAUCUUUGACGCUGAUCAGACAGACGAGCAUUGCACGAUCGUUGUGCAAUCCAUGCGGACCAUGUCCCACGUCUUGAAGAAAGAUGUGGCAGAUCUCCAAUACCCGGGGACCUUGAUUUCAAAUGUCCCAGCCAAUGAAAUUCUAAGAGAUGUUGCCUACGCUGUGUGUUUCUGGAUUCACCAUCUACUGGAGUUCAUGUGCAAUUCUACUAACUCCGAUGGGCGUCGUGAUCUACUCGUAUCGGUGCAUGCUUUCCUGCAAUCUCAUCUUCUCCACUGGGUCGAGGCGAUGAGCCUCCUUGGAAAGGUAUCUGAUGGACUGCGGAUGAUUACACUGUUGAAGUCCUAUCUCAAGGCAUGUUCCUUACCCAUCCUGAACGAGGCCCAAAUAUUGACAGUCCCUAGGUCUCCGUGGACAGAGAUCUAUUCCACUUGA